AUGGCAGUGUCAAAAGAAGGCCUUGUUGGUAUCCCUGCGCACUGCAAAUCUACAUGCGAUGCGAUUUUUCAUCAUGGACCAGCUGCAGUGAUGAGCUGCAUUGUUAACUCCGUCCCCGCUGAGGAUGUCUUGCACAUGUUGGGCAAGACAACGUCCACUAACAAUUUGAUGUGCGAUAUGCGGCGUAAGCACAACAAGCAGGGAGGCGCCAGUGCUCAGAUGCUGAUAUUGCAAGUUCGGGAACAGGCACACCGAGAUUUGGAUGAUUAUGUCCAAGUUGCACUGCCACUCGACUACCGUAAUACACGGAGCGCGUAA